CGAGGAAACCCUAGGACAGAGAAAAUCGCAGAAAUGUCUGUCCCUGCUCAUCGAAUCCGCCAUUAACAAACACAAAUUUGAUUGAUCUAUAUUGAAAAAUCGAAGUUUUAGAAAUUCCGAAUUUCAGUCUUCUUGUUGGGGCAUUUCUUUGGUUUCUCACAAAACUUGAACCGCAGCUUCCAUGGGAAAGCCCACCGGGAAGAAGAGGUCUCAAAACACCCCGGCAUCACCAAAAACCGGUGAUAUCAACGGGAAGUCGACCAAACAUUCGGCGGAUCGAACCUCGAAAGCGUUCGAUGAAGAUACGGCGAUCUUCAUGGCUAUGUCUCAGGAGCUCAAAGAGGAAGGCAACAGAUUAUUUCAAAAAAAGGACCAUGAAGGUGCCAUGUUGAAGUACGAAAAGGCCCUCAAGCUUCUUCCUCGAAACCACAUCGAUGUCGCCUAUCUACGCUCCAACAUGGCCGCUUGUUACAUGCAGCUUGGCCUCGGUGAGUACCCUCGAGCCAUUAAUGAAUGCAAUUUAGCUCUAGAAGUAUCGCCCAGAUAUUCCAAAGCGUUGUUGAAGAGAGCUAGGUGUUACGAGGCUUUGAAUAGAUUGGAUUUGGCAUAUAGGGAUGUGAAUAAUGUUUUGUUUGUGGAACCCAAUAAUCUAUCUGCUUUGGAGGUCCUAGAGAGUGUUAAGAAGGCCAUGAGCGAAAAGGGUAUUAAUGUUGAGGACUAUCAAGUAGAAAUAGCUGGUGCUAUGCGAUUGCGUCAGGUGGUGAAGGAGAAAUUGAAGAAAAAGAAGAAGAAUAGUGGUAAAGGGGAGGGGAAAAAAGAGGAACUGGACGAUGAGGUGGUUGUGGAGGAGGAGAAGAAGGUUGCUGUUGUUAAGGAUAUUGUUGAGGAAGAGGAGGAGGUGACAAAGAAUCUUGAAGAAGAGAAAGAGGUGAUUAAGGAUGUCGAGGAAGAGAAAGAGGUUACCAAGGAUGUUGAGGAAGAUAAGGAGGCGACCAAGGAUGUUAAGGAAGAGAAGGUGAUUACCAGGACUGUGAAAUUGGUGCUAGGUGAGGAUAUAAGGUGGGCACAAUUGCCGGUGAAUUGCAGUAUUAGGCUGGUGAGGGAUAUCGUGAGAGAUAGGUAUCCAGGUUUGAAGGGUGUUCUUGUUAAGUAUAGGGAUCAAGAAGGUGAUUUAGUGACAAUAACUACCACGGAGGAGCUGAAGUUGGCUGAGUUAUCGAGUGAUUCACGGGGUUCACUUGGUUCACUUAGGUUGUAUGUUACAGAAGUUAACCCAGAUCAAGAACCAGCUUAUGAGGGAGCAGGCCUUGAGAAGGAGGAGGAAGUGUACAGGCGAGAGGAGAAACCAACACCAACUGAUGUCGUCGAGAAUGGGAAUAUGUGGAAUGGUGUAGAAGGUGAAAAAGGGUCAACUUGCAUUGAGGACUGGAUUGUCCAGUUUGCACGGUUGUUCAAGAACCAUGUUGGGUUUGAUUCUGACUCAUAUUUGGACCUUCAUGAGCUUGGCAUGAAGUUGUACUCAGAGGCUAUGGAGGAUACUGUAACUUCUGAAGAUGCCCAGGAACUUUUUGAUAUUGCUUCGGAUAAGUUUCAAGAGAUGGCGGCUUUGGCAUUGUUCAACUGGGGAAAUGUUCACUUGUCCCAGGCCCGAAAGCAGGUGCUCUUACCUGAGGAUGGUUCUAGAGAAGUUGUGCUUGAGCAGAUUAAGACUGCAUAUGAAUGGACGCACAAAGAGUAUGUGAAGGCAAGGUUGAGAUAUGAAGAAGCACUGAGAAUCAAACCUGACUUCUAUGAAGCUUAUCUUGCACUUGGGCAGCAGCAGUUUGAGCAAGCAAAACUUGUUUGGUACCAUGCAGCUGGGAGCAACAUUGAUUUAGAGAGUGCGGCUUCUCAGGAGGUCCUUGAGCUUUUUAACAAGGCAGAGGACUGCAUGGAGAAGGGUAUGCAGAUGUGGGAGGAGAUGGAGGAGCGACGACUAAAUGGACUAUCCAAAUUUGAUAAAUAUAAAGCUCAGUUACAAAAAAUGGAAUUGGAUGGGCUGUUUGAAGAAAUAUCGCCAGACGAAGCAGCAGAGCGAGCUGCAAACAUGAGUUCGCAAAUAUACCUUCUUUGGGGUACUUUGCUCUAUGAACGUUCUCUUGUGGAAUACAAGCUAGAGCUACCCACUUGGGAAGAAUGUUUAGAGGUAGCAGUUGAGAAGUUUGAACUUGCUGGUGCUUCUCCAACAGAUAUAGCUGUUAUGAUAAAGAACCAUUGUUCCAAUUCAACUGCACUGGAAGGUUUGGGGUUUAGAAUUGAUGAAAUAAUACAGGCUUGGAAUGAAAUGUAUGAUGCUAAGAGAUGGCAAAUUGGUGUCCCAUCUUUCCGGCUAGAGCCAUUGUUCCGUCGGCAGGUUCCAAAAAUUCAUCACAUUUUGGAGCAUGUUUGAGUUUUUCCUGCUGGUGGGGAAUUCUUCAAGGGCUGAAGAAAUCCUUCAACCGUUGUUACUUCAUUCUUCAAACGCUAAGUGGUCUUCAAGUAAGAUAGGUUUUUCUUUUUUGCCAGUGUGAAAUGUUAUGUUAUGUUGGACUUGUUGUUUGCUUUGGGAGCAAAGAACAAAGGGUGUGCAAGUGUGUGUUACUGAAAGAGCUUGCAAAUUUUGACGCAAAGCCAGUUAUAGGAAAACCUUCUCCUCCCCCAUUUAGGGGUUGUGGGGGGUAAUUCUUUUAUAGAGUGAUUGCAGUUGUUUGUAGUUUGGGUGAUGGGUAUAUCAGUAUAUGAUUUCAUUUGUUCAUUUGAAUUAAUAAGUGGGGAUAAUAUCAUCCUGUUUUUCAUAAAUAGAAGGGCAUUAUUUGUUGUAGAUUGUUAGCAUUCUCAAUUACACAAGUUUGUUGGUUUUGGAUGUCAUAAACUGGUGUCUAUUAGUGCAUCUCAACCUUUUAUUUUUGGGUCAAAUUCAAUAUGAUACAUUACUUGCUA